GCGAUGCAGCUCAGUGGGGCCGGUGCAGGUUGGGCUGGGUGGAGAAGGGUGCGGAUCACUGCUGGGGUCUGCAGGUCCCUGAGCCUCCGACAAGAAGGGGCUUCAAAGGCGAGUUUCUUCCUCGGUUUAUCCCGCCCCUUUGCCAGCAAGCGCGUCCGCCCCAGCGAACUCGCCGCAGCGCCCCGGAAAGGCCGUUCCGCCCCACGAGGGAAACGGAGCCGUUGACCAUGGUUGCAACCGGCAGUUUGAGCAGUAAGAACCCUGACAGCGCUUCGGAGUUGCUGGACCACGGUUUCCACCCGGAGAGCCUGCUAAAUGAUUUUGACUAUUGGGAUUAUGUUGUUCCUGAACCCAACCUCAAUCAGGUGAUAUUUGAAGAAACAACUUGCCAAAGUUUGGUUAAAAUGCUAGAGAACUGCCUGUCCAAAUCCAAGCAAACCAAAUUAGGUUGCUCAAAAGUCCUUGUUCCUGAGAAACUGACCCAGAGAAUUGCUCAGGAUGUCCUUCGGCUCUCCUCCACGGAGCCCUGUGGCCUACGAGGUUGUGUCAUGCACGUGAACAUGGAAGUUGAAAAUGUAUGUAUAAAGCUGGAUAAGAUUGUGUGUGACUCUAGUGUGGUGCCCACCUUUGAGCUUACACUUGUGUUUAAGCAGGAGAACUGCUCGUGGACCAGUUUCAGGGACUUUUUCUUUAGUCGAGGUCGCUUCUCAUCCAGCCUCAGACGAACUCUGAUCCUAAGCUCAGGAUUUCGACUUGUUAAGAAAAAGCUUUACUCCUUGAUUGGAACAACAGUCAUUGAAGAGUGCUAAAAGGGAAACAUUUAAAAAGGUCUUUUUUUUAUGAUUGGGUAAUAAAACUCCGCAGCUGCUCAGUUAUCGUCAUUAUAGUUUUGCCCUGCCUGUUCUCAAAAAGAAACCCCACAUCAAGUUCCUCUUCCUUGUGUGUUUCAUGUAUACAGCAACCCCAACUAAAGGGCUUAUUAUGUGGCUUUUGAGAAAUGCUCCAAGAGAAUGUACAUUAUCUGCAUAUAUCACAUUUUUUAUAAAAUGAAUGGACUGGAAUAAGGAAGGAAAAGAAGCAAUCCAUUUUAGUUUUAUAUUUGAUUCCACAAAUUUUCCCAGAUAGUCUUGCUAACAGACUCUGAAAUCAACUUUACGUGGUUUGAUUUUCAUAUGACUUUUUUUCUGUAAGUUUUCAGAGUGAUUCUUUCAAUCACAGAAUCUUACUGAAUGAUACUUAGUCCAUGAAGCCCACACCACCAAUUUGCUGCUACUACUCAAAUUUUGAAGAAUUCUUAUACAGAAGGAUAGAAUUAAGUGGGUGAGUGUAAUGAAAACUUAACCCCAUGCAAAAGUGAUUAAGAAAUGUCACAGGGAGAACAAAACUGUUUCACUGUUUCUUUGCAUCCUGUCCACCCUUCUGUUUUGAAGAGGUGCCAGAAACUCAAGCUAUCUUUUAGUAAGCACAGUAUUGUUUUAAAUAACUUUAUGGUACAAUAUAAGCUCAGUUUUUCUAGUUCUCAAGUAUUUAAUGUUAUCUUUAAACUAGAAAAAUGGAAAAUAUUGAUCUGGUUUUUUUUGCCUGUAGUUGAUUACUCUUCCAUUGAGUGAAUGGUGAAUGCUUCUGGGGAUGGGAAACUGAAUUCUCAGAUCCUGUUUCUUUCUCAUUCAUUUGAUAAUCUAGUUUCGUUUCACUCACUGUUACAUGUGCUUAAUCUCAAAUGAACCUUUUCACCAGUCAGUGUUAUCUCUCAUCCCUGGCCUCAGGAGAGCUCAAACUUAUCUCUUCUUUAACCAAAUCUUUAAAGGAGAUAGCUGCACAACACCAGUUUUCAUUUUUAAGAUGGACCUAUCACAAAGUCUCCUUUGGCUAUGGCUAUAGUAUAGACUAGAGAAUGAAAAUCAGUCUAGUUAACCUGUGCACACACUCAGCCUUCUUCAGCCUUGGAUACCUGUCCUGAGGGAACAAUAGGCCUUAUUUUUUUUUUUUGUUCCUACUACCUAGAUCAUUAUCCUUUUUUUAUGUUAAUGGAAGAAUGUAACAACAACUACAAUGUUCAUUUCCACAGGGCCUUCACAUCCUUGCUGUAGGUCAUGGAUAAAGAGCUUAUUCAGAUCUUCUGCCGGAGCUAUUAGCACCAAUUUACAUACCUGAGGCCAGGGAGGUGGGGACAGAUGGCUUCAUCCUAGUGUAACUCUAAAGUGGGUAGAUCCUGUUACUGAUCCUAUAAAUGACCUAAAACUUCACUAUUCAAAUCACAAAGCCAUCUCUAGGACUGGGCCAGGAUAAGUCAACGUUGUUUUUGCAUGUCUAUUAUUAGUCAGGUCUCUAAGGUCAAUGAUUCUGUGGGUGAGGCGUCUCUGGCAUGGAUGUACAAAUGUCCUUAUUCCUCUAACAGUUGUCUUUGACUCACUUGUCUUUUAUGCUCGCAAAACAGUGAUGCCUUAUAGAGACUCUUAAAUUAAUAUUCCUGUUAAAGGAAAUUAAAGUUUGUCUAUUUUUGACAAUAAAACAUCAUAUAUUUUUAA